AUGACCGCCAACGGCCUAACACCCCCAAGCAAGAGCCUCCCGAUCCAGACAAAGCUCUUCAUCAACAAUGAGUUCGUCUCGGCCAAGUCUGGUAAAACGCUGACGUCCAUCAAUCCAGUAGAUGGGGAGCCUAUCGAGAAGGUCGAAAUUGCCGGUCCGGAGGAUAUUGACAUCGCGGUGAAGGCAGCGAGGAAAGCGUUCGAGACUUGGAAAGACUCUGAUGGCUCUUUCCGCAGAGACUGCCUUUAUAGGCUUGCUGACAUGAUCGAACUCCAUGAGGACCGUCUCGCUGAACUUGAGAGUCUGGACAACGGGAAACCAAUUACGGUGGCCAAGGCAGCUGAUAUUAACCUGUGUAAGAAGAUAUACAAGUAUUAUGCCGGCUGGGCUGACAAAGUGCUCGGGAAUGUCGUACCGGUUGACGGCCACAACAUCUGUCUCACCGUUAAGGAACCCAUUGGGGUAGUUGGGCAGAUCAUUCCCUGGAACUUCCCUUUGCUCAUGCAAGCAUGGAAGCUGGCUCCAGCCCUUGCAGCUGGAUGUACGGUCGUGAUGAAGUUAUCUGAGAAGACACCUCUUACCGGGCUCCUCUUCGGACAGCUUAUCAAGGAGGCUGGAUUCCCUCCUGGAGUAGUCAACAUUGUCAAUGGCGGCCCUGAUGUUGGCGAGAUCCUAGCACGCCAUAUGGAUGUUGACAAAGUGGCAUUCACCGGUAGCAGUGUGACAGGCCCUAAGAUCGUCAAGGCUAGUGCCGAGUCAAAUCUCAAGAAGGUUACCCUCGAACUGGGCGGGAAGUCCCCUCUAAUCGUAUGCAAUGAUGCCGAUCUCGACCAGGCUCUAGCGGUAUCUGAUAUCGGUCUGUUCCUCAAUCACGGUCAAUGCUGCUGUGCCGCUAGCCGUAUCUACGUACAGCGUGGUGUCUAUGAUGAGUUCGUGAAGAAGGCUGUUGAGCGCGCUAAGAAUAAGAAAGUUGGGGAUCCUCGUGACCUUACCUGCGAUCAGGGGCCUCAGGUUGACAAGAUUCAGUUUGAGAGAGUAAUGUCGUAUAUCAAGUCCGGCAUCGACGAGGGUGCCGAUCUCCUUUGCGGUGGGAAGCGUUUGGGAGACAAGGG